CCUUUUCACUCUCCUUCUUUCCCUCACCAUUGUAGAAUCUGAGCUAAACAGAACCACCUCCAAAUGGGUUAUCAUCCCUUCUCUUGUAAAGCAGAGUACGCCAUUGCCGUCUGCGAUUCCUAUAAUUGGAACCCAAAAAAGAAGCAGCAGCACCGGCGGCAUAACAAUGUUCGAAAUUUCUCCUACACUGAACUAGAAUCCGCCACCGGUGGCUUCUCCCCUGCGAGCUUUCUUGGUAAAGGCAGCCAUGGCAUGGUUUACAGAGCCGUCAUCGACGGCGGAAACCUCAUCGCCGCCGUCAAAAAGAUGAACACCGCCGCAACAGCUUCGACAGUUCAAGACUACAACGCUAACAACAGCCCAGCAGACAACGAGAUCGAAAUCCUCUCACGAAUCCGAAACCACCGCCUAGUGAACCUCUUGGGGUACUCUGUCGACCCCAAAGAGAAGAAACUACUGGUGGUUGAGUACAUGCCAAACGGUUCUCUCUACGAUCUUCUCCAUUCCAACCCUCGACCGCCCGGUUGGUCGAAGCGAGUCCGGUUCGCUUUACAGACCGCCAAAGCUGUCGAAACUCUGCAUUCUUCGAACCCUCCGGUUAUCCACAGAGAUAUAAAGUCUUCUAACGUUCUUCUCGACGGCAAUUGGAACGCUAGAUUGGGGGAUUUCGGGCUUGCUCUGAGAGGACACGUGGAGGAUGUGAGGAUAAGGUGUACGCCCCCGGCGGGCACGUUAGGGUACCUCGAUCCAGGGUACAUUGCGCCGGAGAAUCUGAGCACCAAGAGCGAUGUCUUCAGUUUUGGAAUUCUUUUGUUGGAGAUCAUCAGUGGCCGGAACGCCAUUGAUAUGAACUAUAGUCCGCCGUCGGUGGUGGAUUGGGCUUUGCCGAUUAUCCAAAAAGGUAAUUUCACUUCGCUUUGUGAUACUCGGGUCGGUUCACCCGAAGACCCAUCGGUGGUCCGUAAACUGGCUGUGUUGGCCGCUCGGUGUGUCGCGGCGAAUGCAGAGAAGAGGCCAGCCAUGGCGGAAGUGGUGGGUUGCCUUAAUGUUGCUCGCAAGAGAGUGAACUCGCCGGUUUGUGGCAAUAUCAGGUGGCGGGUUAAGAAACCGUCGCCGUCGUUGGGAGCCCAAGUGUUUGAUGAUGCUGAGGUUGAGGUUGAUGUUGUGAAGAGCUCUAGACAUGGUAGUCGAAAUUCUUCGAUGAGGAGCAGAAGAGCGUCUAGUGUUCAGCCCAUUAUGGAUUUUGGGGUUGAAUUGAAUGGUUCUGUGAGAAAGCGUGGUGGCAGAUCCAAAUCGAUUGGUUCUGUUACUGAGAUGAAAAUGGAAUAUGAGGGUGAUUUCGCAGUGAACCAGCUUGCAGUGGCGAGGAGGAGAUCGGGAGUGUUUGUUAAAAUGCCUUCUUACAGAUUGAACAAAUCCAAGUCUAUGGGGGUAAUGCAAGCCAGGCGCUUGGAACACAAUGGUGAUAGUGGGUUAGUGUUUCAGUUGGUUAGGCAUCCGUAUCUUGGUGGGUUAGAUGAUUCAAGACCUUUGAUGAGUGUGGAUGAAGCUCCACACAAGAUGGUGAUAGAGAAGAAGCAAACUUCUUCUCAUCUUCGUGGGUCUGAUGAUUCAAGACCUUUGAUCAGUGUGGAAAAAGUUAAACAGAAGAAGCUGAUAGAGAGGAAGUGAUCUGUGUAGAAUUAAUUUGGGGAUUCAGUUUGUUCACAUUCUGUUAUUUGUAACAAUUUUCCUUUCUCUGUGGAUUUAUUCCCAAAUUAGUGACCUUUUCAU